AUGGCUGGAGACCUUGAGUAUCGCGGGCUUAUGACAGCAAAGCCCGUUUACUCGGGCAAGAUGUUCAUCGAAGGCCGACCCUCAGAAGAAAAGCUACAACAGUACCUCUUGAGAGCAGCUCCUCCCAAAACCAGCACGCCCAAACGACCCAAACCAUCCCGCGUGGCGUUGAUAACAGUGCUGGUGGGUCCGGCACAGACAAUGUACAGGAUUCCAGAACUCAAGGCGCGUUCGUCGUCGGCCUUCUUCGACAUAGUGAUCGCAAGGCGAUCCGUGAAGCAUGCCGUCAGACUGCCCGACAUCAAACCCAGCACCUUCGAACAGUAUUCUUCGUGGCUACACGAUCCGAUCCACAUGCCUAGCUCUAGUUUUAGAGACCUCAUCGACAUGUAUACCCUGGCAGACAGGCUACUGGACACAAAGCUCGAGAGCCAGAUGGUCGAAUUACUCGUGACGAAGUACUCCGGUUCUUAUAAUCCCCCGUCCUAUGAGGAUAUGGUGUUUGCCUCCCGGGUAGUUCCGUUUUGUGCACCGCUCUACCGGUUUCUUGUGGAUAUUGAAGCGCAGUCGGGCUCAUGUACUUCAAGUGGGCUGCGUGAGCAUGGUAGGGACAAAUGGAUCUCUUUCUUGGAGGGUAGUGAAGGAGAUCAGCUAGCCCAGCGGACUGUACCGGAGGCGAUGUCCACGGCAAUGACGAAGCUAGCGUCGAGUCGACCGAAAAUUAUACUGAAUGCCUCGGAUUAUCGCAGGAGAGUCGCGCCGUAACCGACUCACUGGUGGAGAUUUUCAUUUUGACUCGAUUGAACGAGAACCUCGAGCAUGGAUUCCAUCUCCAAGACCAAACAUAUAUCGUACCUAACUCUGCCUAGUAGAGCAUCAAUCGGUAUGAUGCUCAUCGCUGUCAGGUGCCCUUGCCCUCACCCACCUCCUUCGACCCGAAAAGCGACCAGCAGACCGAACCAGCCCAGAAUCCUCGCCUGUGCCAACGUAGUCUCUGACUUUGCCAGUCUUCUCGCCACGAACAGUUGCCACCCAGCCU